GGGCCUUGGCUGCUGUCAGGGUCGGGUGCGCUACUGAACGGAUGGCAGGGGGAGCAGAGUGGGUUCCUGAGGCGCAUUCGUGGGGUAUUUGAAUAUCGUCAGUUGCUACCCAUUUGAUGUCAAGAUGACUAAGCUUGGAUUUUUGCGAUUGUCCUAUGAGAAGCAGGACACACUUCUAAAGCUUCUCAUCCUGUCGAUGGCUGCUGUGUUGUCCUUUUCUACUCGUCUUUUUGCUGUGCUGAGGUUUGAAAGUGUCAUCCACGAGUUUGACCCGUACUUUAAUUAUCGGACUACCCGGUUUCUGGCUGAGGAGGGGUUUUAUAAAUUCCAUAACUGGUUUGAUGACCGGGCUUGGUACCCUUUGGGCCGAAUCAUUGGAGGAACAAUUUACCCAGGUUUGAUGAUCACGUCUGCUGCAAUCUACCACGUCCUCCAUUUCUUCCACAUCACCAUCGACAUUCGGAAUGUCUGUGUUUUCUUGGCCCCUCUUUUCUCCUCCUUCACCACCAUUGUUACGUACCACCUUACCAGAGAGCUCAAGGAUGCAGGAGCUGGGCUUCUUGCUGCUGCCAUGAUUGCUGUAGUUCCUGGGUAUAUCUCUCGAUCUGUAGCUGGCUCCUAUGAUAAUGAAGGAAUUGCUAUCUUUUGCAUGCUGCUUACUUACUACAUGUGGAUCAAGGCGGUGAAGACUGGUUCCAUCUAUUGGGCCGCCAAGUGUGCUCUUGCUUAUUUCUACAUGGUCUCGUCAUGGGGAGGCUAUGUGUUCCUGAUCAACUUGAUCCCUCUUCAUGUCCUGGUGCUAAUGCUGACAGGCCGCUUUUCUCACCGGAUCUAUGUGGCCUACUGUACUGUUUACUGCCUGGGCACCAUUCUCUCGAUGCAGAUCUCCUUCGUUGGUUUCCAGCCUGUCCUUUCAUCAGAACACAUGGCAGCCUUUGGAGUGUUUGGUCUCUGUCAGAUCCAUGCUUUUGUGGAUUACCUGCGCAGCAAGUUGAAUCCACAGCAAUUUGAAGUUCUUUUCCGGAGUGUUAUCUCUCUGGUUGGCUUUGUCCUCCUCACCGUGGGAGCUCUCCUCAUGCUGACAGGAAAAAUCUCUCCGUGGACAGGACGUUUCUACUCUCUGCUGGACCCCUCGUACGCUAAGAACAACAUCCCCAUCAUUGCCUCCGUGUCUGAGCACCAGCCCACAACAUGGUCCUCCUACUAUUUUGAUCUACAGCUCCUUGUCUUCAUGUUUCCAGUUGGCCUCUAUUACUGCUUCAGCAACCUGUCUGAUGCUCGGAUUUUUAUCAUUAUGUAUGGUGUGACCAGCAUGUACUUCUCAGCUGUAAUGGUGCGUCUAAUGCUGGUGUUGGCACCUGUUAUGUGCAUUCUUUCUGGCAUUGGUGUCUCCCAGGUGCUAUCCACAUAUAUGAAAAAUCUGGAUAUAAGUCGCCCAGACAAGAAGAGCAAGAAGCAACAGGAUUCUACUUACCCUAUAAAGAAUGAGGUGGCAAGUGGGAUGAUACUGGUCAUGGCUUUUUUUCUCAUCACCUACACGUUUCAUUCGACUUGGGUAACCAGUGAAGCCUAUUCUUCUCCCUCCAUUGUAUUGUCUGCUCGUGGUGGGGAUGGCAGUAGGAUUAUUUUUGAUGACUUCCGAGAAGCAUAUUAUUGGCUUCGUCACAAUACUCCAGAGGAUGCAAAAGUCAUGUCAUGGUGGGAUUAUGGCUACCAAAUAACUGCAAUGGCAAAUCGGACAAUUUUAGUGGACAAUAACACGUGGAAUAAUACCCAUAUUUCUCGAGUAGGGCAGGCAAUGGCAUCCACAGAGGAAAAGGCCUAUGAAAUCAUGAGGGAGCUCGACGUCAGCUAUGUGCUCGUCAUCUUUGGAGGCCUUACCGGGUAUUCUUCUGAUGAUAUCAACAAGUUUCUCUGGAUGGUCCGGAUAGGAGGAAGCACAGAGACAGGAAGACACAUCAAGGAGAAUGACUACUAUACUCCAACCGGGGAAUUCCGUGUUGACCGUGAGGGUUCUCCGGUGCUGCUCAAUUGCCUUAUGUACAAAAUGUGUUACUACCGGUUUGGGCAGGUCUACACAGAAGCCAAGCGCCCACCAGGCUUUGACCGGGUUCGAAAUGCUGAGAUUGGUAAUAAAGACUUUGAGCUUGAUGUCCUGGAGGAAGCGUAUACCACAGAACACUGGCUGGUCAGGAUAUACAAGGUAAAGGACCUGGAUAAUCGAGGCUUGUCGAGGACAUAAAUGUCACAUUGUGCCCUGAUGCGCUUCGCACUGAUCGCGUCAUGUUGAGGACGCUGAAGAUUUUUUUUUAAUAUGCAGUUUAUAAGAACAGCCGGAUGGGAUUAGAAUUGUCUGGAAGUUUUGCCCUGGACAAUAUGGGCUGGGCCAAGUGAAAUGAUUUUUAUAAUUCUGAGCAGGUUACCAAAUGAAAUGUUAAGGCUUUACUUUGGUCAAUUAAAAGGUGGGGGGGAUUUUUUUUAAAUGUGCCUUAUUUGUUUUGACUUGAAUUGGCUGAUACGAGGAUCACAGAAGUGAACGGAUGGAAGACCAUAUCCAUGCUCUAGGUCCCCAAAUGAACCAAACAGGAGCAUUCUUUCUCCUAUCAGCAAACUCAAGGACUAGCUGUGGUUCUACAAAUACAAACAACUGUGUCACACUUUUUCAUUUUUUUAGCACCCAGGUACAAUGCUUUCCAUAUAUUGGGUGCUUAAUACAUUUUUAUCAAAUGAAUAAAUGUUUCUGGGACCAGAGGA